AUGGCUUUCUCAACUGCGUCUCCAUCAGAUUACCGUUUCGCUCGCAUCACACCACACGAUCAUAGCGCUACGCUAUGGAUAAUUACUAUUCUCUCGCCCAUAUAUGCUACCUUGGUCCUUGGGGUACGCCUAGGGUACACUAAAUGGAGAGCAUAUAGCGUUGAUGACCUUCUCAUUGUCUUGGCACACAUUGUGGGAACUGGAAUGUGGAUAAUACUACUGACGUCUAUUGGACAUGGUCUUGGAAAAUCAUAUGAUAUCCUUGAUGAUGUAGACAUAUUACGAGUGCAGCAGACCUUCUUUGCUACCCGAAUCCUGCUUUAUAUCGCACUCGCCUUCUCGAAGAGCUCUAUUCUUAUCCUAAUCUCAGAUGUCUUUGGGCGCAUGCCCAAAGUCACAUACACAGCCAAUGCUACCAUCGCGUUUCUCGCGAUAUGGGGCAUAUCUGGAGUGAUAUCAGUUCCUCUUGGGUGUAAAAUUGAGAGCAUUAUACCCAAGUCUGGAUUUAAUCACUGUGUGCAUUCUAUUCCUUGGAUCCAGGCGCUUACUAUUAUUGAUAUUAUCACCGAACUCUUCACUGUUCUAACACCGCUUUUGGGUCUAUAUCGUAAUAAAAUGCAUGUUGAGGAUAAGGCUGUCGUCAUGGUGGCUUUUUUCACUCGAAUACCAAAUGUCGUUUUCUCUCUCAUUCAUAUGAUUGCAUAUUCAAAAUUCGUCAAGGAGCGUCAGACCGCUAUCCAAGUCGUUCCAACCGUCGUUUGGCAAAGCACUCUUCUAUGUUACAGCCUCAUAUCUGCUACAACACCCACACUCAAGGGUUUUACCCAAGGAUUCAAAACUACUGGCUUAUCUAUAGAAUAUGCUCGAGAUCCAGUAACGGGUGAGCUUAGUGGGGCACGAACGAGUAUCGCGUUGAAUCCCUUAACAUCAAAGUCAAGCUCAAACGCUUCACCAAAUGGGACCGUUUUACAAGCCCACAGUAUGUCGAUACAAGACAACUCGACAGAGAACUACAAAACAGCCACUCUAGUUUCAAGGUCAAGAGAUGGGUUACGGUGCUGCCGUGAUGAGAGCUCUUCGAUAGCCAGCUGCGAGUCUCGUCAAGUUAUGAUUAAGCAGGAAUGGAGGGUCUCAGAUAGCUAUAGGUUGUGA